CCGAGCGCCCGCCCCUCCAUCUAUCACAUGGCCGGAGAGUCACAAAAACAACAGCUUUGGCCAAGACCGUGACUUCAGGAAGGGAGCUCAGGGCCCUCGCCGCCAGCCCCCUCCCCAUGGAGGACAGUUUUCUGGAAUCGUUCGAGAGGCUGAGCCUCCAACAGCGGCAGCACCAGCCGCCUCCUCGGCCGCCGCCCGCGCGGGGGCCGCCUCCGCGCCGCCACAGCUUUAGGAAACACCUCUACCUCCUGCGCGGCCUCCCGGGCUCGGGAAAAACCACGCUGGCCAGACAGCUGCAGCACGACUACCCCAGAGCCCUGAUUUUCAGCACCGAUGACUUUUUCUUCAGGGAAGAUGGCACCUAUGAGUUCAACCCCAACCUCUUGGAGGAAGCUCAUGAGUGGAACCAGAAAAGAGCAAGGAAAGCAAUGCGGAAUGGCAUAUCCCCCAUUAUUAUUGAUAACACCAACCUGCACGCCUGGGAAAUGAAGCCCUAUGCAGUCAUGGCUCUUGAGAAUAACUAUGAAGUUAUAUUCCGGGAACCUGACACUCGCUGGAAAUUCAACGUUCAAGAGUUAGCAAGAAGAAACAUCCAUGGGGUCCCAAAAGAAAAAAUACACCGAAUGAAAGAACGGUAUGAACACAAUGUUACCUUUCACAGUGUCCUUCAUGCAGAAAAGCCGAGCAGAGCGAACAGAAACCAGGGUAGGAACAGUGAACCGUCCAGCGGCUCGGGGUACUGGAACACCUACACAGAGCUCCCCAACUGGAGGGCUAAUGGCCUCUACUCCAACGAGGGCUACAGAAGGGGUGGCCAUCACCAAGGAUAUUAAUGGCCCGGGCACAGCCACUGCAGAAUUUUCCUAGAGAAAGUUUCUACUUCAAUUUUUGGUAUUUAUUCUUUGUUCAGGGUUAGCCAGAGCUCUAAGUCCAGUGUAAAUAGCUGAGCCCAGAAGUUUCUGAACAGAGGUCAUUCUAUUUAUUAUCUCCAACAAGUGAUGUCAGCGUGCGCCCGUACUCAUGGUCUGAUGCUGGGGACCUGCUGAGGAGUCAAGGGUCUUUCUCCAGGGAAAGAAUUGAAUUGAAAUUGAAAUCCAAGAUUAUCAAUUAGUUGCUACAGUCAUGAAUAAAACAAGAUGCUACUAGUACAUGUCUAUAGGCUACAGUACUACUGUCUCUGACAGAUCCAGCUUCUCCACAGAGCUGGAGAAGUGAGGGAGGCAGAGGCAGGAAGCAGCUUAGUGCCAUUGCCGCUUUGAUGAUCUAUCUGCCUCCAGAGACCUGAACUGUCACUUUAAUGGCACUGAUUUUCUUUUAGACCUAAAGUGCAAAAGUGUUCAAGGUAACAUUAGGGGAGUUACCCCUCUGUUAAAAAUGCCUGUGAAUUCUUAGUAACAAAGGCAACUGACCCUGUAGACAGCAGUGUCAGGACAAACUCCUCCCUCUAGCUUGUAGUCUAACAGUGUAAAUAAUCCUGCUUUCGAAAAAUACCAGUUUUUAAGAAUCAUCAAGUGAUUUCUAAAAUGAUGCCUGUAACGUGUUAUUAAUUAGUAACCCAGUUGUUUAGGAGUGCAAAGCAAGGACGCAGCCAGGGUGUAGGUGAUACAAGGAGAUACGAAAGCCAUGCCCACUAGAUGAGCAGUCUGGCUGUUGUAUGUGGUGUUGAGACAGUAAACUGUGGAAUGCCCCUCAUAUCAAUUAUGGGUGUAUGAGUCCAAAUUAAAUCCCAGCAGGCUGGAGUCAGAUUCAUUGGUACGAGAAUGUGACAAGACCGUGUGAAAUGUAUGCUCUAUUUAUUUUUGGCCAACAGCUUCUUUCUAAUGUUUUGUGAGAUAUUAUUUUAAGUGUCUUAUAUAAUGGUGCUUUUAUGGUUAUUAAAAUUGUAUAUGGUAUUGAAUUUAUAUUGGGUUUUCCAUUGAAUUUAUUUUUUGUUUAACAACAAAACAUUUACCAAAACCCAAGGACUUCACCCAAAAAAUAACCUUUGCAUAUAUAAUAGGCUUAUUCUUGAAUCAUUGUUAAUAACUGGGAGGAAUGAAGGGCAUACAUUAGAAAGCCUACCUGCCAUGCCAUUAUCAACUGUUGGAAUCUACUCAACAUCUUCCUGACAAUAAGCAACACACUUCCCUAACAUUUUCCAAAUUGGUGUCUUAGUAAUAAGUAAUGUUAUAUAAAAAUAACUAACACCAAUAAUAACAAUAACAAAAAGCCCAGAUGAUGAGUCUCAUAGUAAAUUGGGAUGAAUCUGCCAUUUUAAGUUUGCACAUGGCAGUCCUGUAGCAAUUCAUUUAGUUUUCUUACCUGCCAGACCCAGGUAAUUGUUGGAAUCAUAGCCUGUAUGCUGCCUGUGUACAUGACUUUGGUAUGGAUGGCUUCAUGCAUCUAAGUUGGCAAAGGGGAGAAGGGUCAGAGGCCAAAUGGAAUUCCCUUCCUCUGGUUCCACACGUGCAGCCAAAGGACAGGAUCCUCGUUCUCUGAUGUGGCUGGUUGGCUCUCAGAGCUUUGGUUUGCCUGGGCUGAGACCAAAGACCACAAUAAAAGGCUUUGGCUUUUGGCCCAGAGGCUUCUCAGAGCUCUCAAAGUACUGCCCAACCACGUCUCUGCUUUCUUCUACAUGGAAAUACCAAAAUACUUGGUUUGGAAGCAUAAAAUUGAUUAAACGCCACCAAGCUUAUCCCAAAAACCAACUGAUUAAAUGCUACCAAGUACAUAUUUAAAAGCAAUACAUACUUUCCCUUUCGACUCCUCUGGCUUCUGUCUUAUGGACCCUUUGAACAGCCAUCACUGACUCCCGUUACUAUAGCUCCACUUGCAUUAUUCAUAGAAUUAGCUGAGCACUCUGCAACCAAAGGCUCUCAUUAAGAAUAAGUAACACCAAAUGCUUUUGCCAUUCAUCCCCAGUCAUAUAGUACACACUGUGGGCUUUAACCAUUGUCACUUUCAGAAGGAAAAUAUGCACACCUAGCAAAGUUUCAUACUUUGUUCACUCAGCAUGGAUGUUUAUGGCUUAUGUAAGGCAUCUGUACUAGCUGUCUGUAACUGGUGGCCUGAGAGAACGGAGAACAGAACAGCACUUUUGACAGGAUUCACAAGAAAAACGGUUAAAUAUCAGCUGGGUGGAAGUGGCUCACACCUUUGAUCCCAGCACUUGGGAGGCAGA